AUGCUGCAAUCCCUUCCAUUUCUCGGCCUGUUCGCUAGCGUCGUAGCGGGCCACGGUGUCGUUGACAGCUUCAAGACUGACGGCGUAGAGCACCCCGGCUAUCAGCUCAGCUACUACUAUGACAAGAAGAAUGGCAAGGAGCUUCCCGAGCUAGCUGCCUGGUCCGCCGAGAAUCUUGACAGUGGCUUUGUUGCGCCCGAGAACUACACAUCUCCUGACAUUGUUUGCCAGAAGAAUGGUGUCUCAGCCAACUCCACUGUCAAAGUGUGUCCAUCUGAUGACUGCACCGAUGUUGACAAGACGGCACUUGAAUUUGUCAAGAUAGACGAGGCUGGCAUCAACUUCGAUACGCAGGAAUGGGCUGCUAGGACUUUGGUCAACAACAACAACACUUGGGUCACCACCGUUCCAAAAUCUCUCGCAGCUGGCAGCUAUGUCUUUCUUCGCGAGAGCAUCGCAGUUCACGGCUCGCUCCGAGAAGGCGGUGCUCAGAACUAUCCUCAAUGCUUCAACAUUGAGGUCACCGGGUCCGGUACAGCAGAACCGAAGGGAGUUCGAGCCCAAGAACUGUACACCCCCACUGAUCCCGGCAUUUUAUUCAACCCUUACAAAACACCGAUCCAGAACUACACUAUCCCUGGCCCUGCGCUGUUCAGGGACGGAGAAGCAGCAACCGCCACCAGUACCGCCCCGACCACGCCAUCCGAUCAACCAUUGGUAAACAACGCAACUAGUCGAUCUUUCGCCAACUCAACGGUACAUGUUCCCAUUCCUUCCAGGACGCCACCAAAACCUGCCGGUACCCUCUCCACCAAGCUUGUCACGGUCAUUCCCACCUCGCGUACCACCGAGACCGCAAUCGCGUCUAGCUCGGCCAGCCUUCCUGCUACGCCCAAGACCGGCGCUUCAGUCCAAGCAACCCAGCCUGUGUCAUCCUCUGCCUGUCUGCCCAUAGGAUCGGAGUUCUUAACCUCCAAGGCAGACGCAGACGCAGUUUUGAAUGGCGGAGACUCGCUGCCCCAGACGUUUACCCUUGAGACCUUCAUCGAGAGGCUCCGUGAGAAUUCGUCCAAGAAUACGCGCCGCCAUCCUCGGGAGCUUCUUUAA